CAGGGGAGUAACUCACUGCCCUUUAUUGGGAAGGGUGAUUGGAAAGCAGCUUCUAGAGACGGGUUAGUCUCAGUAUAGAAUCUUUAUUUACACACUCAUUCCGAGUGUUUUUAAUGGAAAUGGUCAACAAGGUGCCACUCUGCAGUGGUGUAUGGGUAGAACUGGCAGCACUUUAUUAGAAACCAGGGGAAGCUAAGGAGGAGAGGGACAGCUACGUUAUCUUUGCUUCCAGAUGGGAUCCCAACCUACCCUGCAUUUCUGUGUUGGCUUUAUCAGAGCUCUGCACUUCUUUAAAAGGGCUUUUUAAGGUCUGAUCAAGGAGUGCUCUUCACCUCAUUCUGACAUAUCACUCCUCUGGAGAGAACAGCCUUAGACUUCUCCAAGCUGGAGUUUUCUUCCUUUUUGCAAGAACAAGAACACAAGGUACCUUGGAAAUAAGAGAAUUACCAAGGCAAAGAACAUCCACACCAGCUGGAGUUCGUGCAACCAGAUCCUUCCUUAUGGAUUAUGGGCACACUUCUACCAGUAAAUUGUCUGUUUGGUUUGAUUAAUGACUUCUGAAUUGCUGUAGAGUAUGGUGACUCUUUGGUUGAAGAAUCGCCACCAAAACCUGAGUGCAAAUUAUGAACUGCAGAAAUUCCCAGUUCAAGAAAAAAAGGGAAAGGAGCAGAUGUAAACAACCUCUACUUGAGCUCAAUGUUCUCUACAGUGUCUUGGGUGGACUCUAGGAUGCCAGUGCUGCUGGCCAGCCUUCUGUUGCUGAUCUCCUUGCAAAGGCUGGCUGUGUCCCACCUCAUGAUGGAUAUGGCUCUGCAUUCCUUUGACGAUCAGUAUCUGGGGUGCAGAGAUCAGGUGAUGGAAGAACUGGAGCGAGGAGACUAUUUCCGAAAGGAAAUAGCUGCUAACAAGGACUAUUUGAGUCUCUGGAAGAAGGCUCAGGAGGCUUUUUUAAAGAGCCCGGUAGGUCUCCUGAGGGAGAUGCAUGAGAGCCAUGCCAUAGUCCUCAUGGCUUACACCAUGAACUCUUCCCUGCACUCUCAGCUGAACUGGGCCACAUCUACAGCGGGAAGCUCUCCAGAGCACUACAGACACAACUUCAGUUUCAAAUAUUUUCACUUUUACCUAACGACUGCUAUCCAGAUAAUGAAGGAAUGGCAGAACAGCAAGGAGAGCGUGGGAAAACAUAAGUGCUACCGGGUGCACAGGGGUGUAAAAGACAUAUAUAUCGAGGCCACAGUAGGUAGCAGGGUGCGAUUUGGCCGUUUCACCUCCACCUCCCGCCUCUGGAAUGAAGCCCAGAAGUUUGGGAAUGAAACUUUGUUCACAGUGACCACUUGCCUGGGAGCAGCUGUGCAAGGAUUUUCUUACUACACAUCUGAGAAGGAAGUCCUUAUUCCUCCUUAUGAGAUAUUCCUUGUCAAAAGCUUCUUUCGGACACAGCAUGGUAACCGGCUGCAUCUGCACUCUGUGGGGAACUACAGCAAGUACCGCUGCCAGCUUGUGGAAGCUUCAAGAAGCAAGAACAGCGGUUCCAAUGCCCUCGCCUCUGUUGUUCUGCCUAGUGUACUUGGAGUUUUAUUGUGCUUGGCCCACAAUGACUGAUUCUCUGUCUGCAUCCAGAUAUAUAAAAUUGAAGAGCAGCUGCAGCUCUCCAGCUGAGAUUGGACCAUUCAGCCUAGUUCAUGAAAACAGACAUUCCCUGGACCCAUUCAGGAACAGAAGGCCUUUGGAGGACCUAACAAAUGGGAACUAGCAUGAAAUAAACUGAAAUGUGUUAAAAUUGGAGGGAAGGAGAAAGGACGAAGAAAAUAAAAGGAAUCUGGGUAAACAUCACACAAUAGAAUUAAUGA